AUGGCGAAUCCAUCCCAGCUCUUCUUACUCGCCGAUCAUAUUAAACUCUCACUUCUAGAGCGACAGCGCGCCAUUUCCCUCGAUCUUGAACCCAAUGCGCAGGAUGGCGAGAUUUCACGAUCUCUUGACUCUCUUCGCGAAGGCAUCCAAGCCGUCGAGACGGAGCAGGCCCGGCUGACGGAUUCCCACGACAGCGCAGGCGCUGCCGCUUUGAAGGACCAACUUGGCCCGCUCAACGAUCAGCUCCGAGACCUCUCCGCUCAAUUUUAUGGUACAAACGGCGACCCUUCUGACCAGGAUCCGGGGCAGGCGUCGGACUCCGUCCACUGGUCUGCGACCUCGCCCGAUCUCAAACAGCCGGUUCCACAACAUCCGCCAUCGAAAUCAGUGCGUUUUAUGGAUAAUUCUGCUGCUGCUGCUGCCGUCCAAGAGGAAAUAGAUCAAGAGGAGGACCGGGAUCGUCAAAAUUUGUUCCGUCCGUACCGCGACGAGCCGUCGCCUCCUCGUCCCGACCAGUCCAAUAUGUCGAACGAGCAGAUCUAUGAGCACCAUGAUCGAGUUAUGCGCGACCAGGAUGAUCAAUUAGAUCGACUUGGUGAAUCGAUUGGACGACAGCAUCAGCUGAGCAUCCAGAUCGGAGACGAGCUCGAUGGUCAUGUUGCAUUACUAGACGGUAUGGACGGCGAUGUAGAGCGCCAUCAGAACCGGCUGGAUGGCGCAAGACGACGUCUCGAUCGAUUCCGUCGGCGGGCGGGCGAGAAUUGGAGUAUGAUGACGAUCAUCGGAUUGAUCAUCAUUCUGGUUAUUUUGAUUGUUAUCUUGAAAUGA